AUGGACGCUGCGCCGCAUCACUUCCUUUACGACCGUUUCCUAUUUAAAGGCGCCGGUGGUGCCAGGGGGCUUCAGCAGGAGAUCACAGCAAAGCCUGAGCAGCCUUCACCCGCUGACCCGCCGGACGAUCCGGAAGGCUCUGGAUGUUUCCUCGAGAGAGACACCGCCACCGUUUCACCACAGGAACCGCAGCCAUUUAAACGGGCUGUACGCAAAAUCAGAUGCGCUGCAAUGGUGGCGAACUUGGCCAAGAGUUGGCAAGGAUGGGCCAGCGAACAUGCAGGCAAACAGGACAAUAUCCCAACUGGCUGGAUGCCUUCAUCUGUAGAGGACGAAAGCAACAAAGACCAAAGCCACGUGGUAAAACUCAGCGUUACUCCAAGAGUCAUCAAAGCAGAUCCCGGCGAUGGCAAAGAAAACAAAAUCCGGACCUGCUCCGUGACCAAGACGGUCCAGCUGAAACGCAGCGAGUGCAGCAGCAGCAACGUAAUGAACGAAAUCCGGGACAAAAUGGAGUCGGGUCCCGAAGAGAGCAAGCCAUUUCUGGGCAAUGAGUCGCCAACGCGCCGCCGUCAGAUGAGGGCGCUGCAGAGCGCGGAAGCAGCUGGACAAGGUGGGAUCAUCCAGGAUAAGAAGAUGAUGCUGCAGGAGAAGAAACUGAGCUCCAGAAGCAGCAGCGCGGACACAGAGGACAGCGGACUCGGAGAGGACGGAGGACUCAGCGACAACAGCGACUCCAAGGCCGAACAAAGUGAUGGCCUAGUUAAAGCACGAGCCAACAGACCGAAGGUUAAGAUUGCCUCCAUGGGUGACAUCAAAAGCCGCUGGCAGCAGUGGUCCGAGCAGCACAUGGAGGGCCAGAAGCUCAACCCGUUCAGCGAGGAGUUUGACUACGACUUUGCGAUGUCCCAGCGUCUCCGCAAAGGGGAUUCUGGCUACGGUCGGCCCAAAGACGGCUCCAAAACCGCCGAGAGAGGAGACCGGGCCCACAAACACAUCCACAGAGAGAUGGAGGAAAUGGUCUGGAUCAUCAAGGACAUGGGCUUCAAAGACAAGGAGGGUCGGACUGUCAUCAGCUUUGGCAGACUCUUCGACCGCUACGUGAAGAUUUCAGACAAAGUGGUGGGGAUUCUCCUGCGCUGUCGCAAACACAAGAUGCUGGACUUUGAGGGGGAAAUGCUGUGGAAAGGACAGGAUGACAAUGUCAUUAUCACACUGAGAGACUAAAGACAGAAAAGCUCAUUAUUCAGCUCUUUCAUGAAGCAUAAAUAAUGCAUUUAUAGAGUUCAAACAUAGUAAACAGACGAAGUGCAGAGAAAUAAGACUGAACAAAAUACAGACAAGUUUCUUUAGCUGGAAACACACGCACACACACACACACACACGCACACACACGCACACACACACACACACGCACACACACACACACACACACACACACACACACACACACACAUUAGUUCUCAUAUAAAUGCUGAGAUGACGGGUCGCUAUCUUUAGCAUGCUAACUAUGUGUGCCUUGCUAACCAUGCUACAUGUCAGAGGACUUGAAAAUCCAACAAUAUGCCAGUUAUGCUGUGACUUUACUCUGAUUGCAGCUGAAGAAGCAAAACUUCAGGAUCCGUAAGGAAAACAUAUCAAGUCAGUGUUUUUACUUAUUUAUUUCAUUUCAAACAGAUUUUAAAAGCAAGAUAACAAGGAAUCAGUAGGAGAAAGAAAAACAUGAGCAUAUUUAACCAAGAACAAAAUGAUUUGUUUACCACGACUUUUCUGUUGGAAAAGGAAAAAACAUUUAAAUGUGUUUAAACAUCUUUUUCUGAUGUUUAAACACAUUUUGUCUGAAACAAAACAAGAAACUGAAUUUGUUGUCAAACAGAAAAUGCUGUGAAAUAACUUAUAGUAGAAAUAUAUCAAAUAAAUCCAAGAGUAUUUUGAAUUGAAAGCUUUUUCUAGCAACAGAUUUUAAGCAGAAUGUGCAGAAAAAUCAUAAAAAACAUUAAAAAUGAGAACUAAGUGAAUGUUUAGUAUAUUUUGAACAAGAUGAGAUGAACAUUUCAUAUUUUACGAAUGUAUUUAAGAAAAACAUAUUCAUGUAGAUUAUAGAGGCUAACUUGAGCUACUGUGUUGAAAUUGUUUUAUAAAUAAAUAUUUAUUUUUUGUGUUUGCAGCACUGAAUCAACACAGCAAAGUUCUCUGAACUUGCAUGCUGGAUCCAAACUGCAGUGAAAGGAAUUCAAAAUCAUUUCAAAUAGUUUACUAAAUAUUUAGAUUUUGUACAUCCACUAUGAGAACAGUCAAACUUUAUCAGCAGAUGUGCUUAAAUUGAAAUAUUUUAAACGUGUGAACAAUUUUCUUCUUUCAAAGUGAAAGUGUGGAAGCCUUCUUACAGAAGGAACUUUUAAAAAAUGUAUAUUUAUUGCAAAAGGUCACAUGUUGUGUUUGGUUUGAUCAACGUGUUAAUCAAUAAAUUCUGAAAGAGAUUGACCUUUUA